AUGAAGUCGACAAAGGCAGUUACUGCCCUUUUAUUAGUCUCGGCCAUUCUGGUUGCCGGCGGCCGGCCUGUUAGCGAUGGUCCAGGUCCGGCGGCGAAUGAGACCAAGCCGAACAAGGGGCCACUUUCACGUGGCGCCAAAAUAGCAGUUGGCGCCGGCGUUGGAGGGUCCAUACUCGUUGUAGGGCUAGUGAUUUUGUGCGUCUGGUGGCAGUGCCACCGUCGCCGGCGGAAGGCCGGCGCCUCUUCAUCCGGUGGCCCGACGGGCGGCACGUCUACACCAUCCGGUGCCGCAACCACCGAUAUCCCAUCUACAUCAUCCGGUGCCGCGACGGUCGGCGCAGGCGCAUCUACACCAUCCGGUGCCGCGGGCGGCGCUACAUCGUCCGGUGCUUCGACGAGGGGCGGCGCGACUACAUCAUCCGGUGCAUCAUCAUCCGGCACGGCGCCUGGCACGACCAGCACCCCCACCGACUCGCAGAUGCUGGCCGGAGCCAGGUGCUUCGGCGGCGCCGCUACUUUCUUCAGCGCGUGCGUGCAGGCGGCGGGAGUAGUGGCGGAUGAGGACGGCGGGGCAUGA